AUGUCGGUCGUUCGCCAUACUAGCCAGGAGCGUAUCUCGACUUUCUUUAGCCGAUAUUGUUCAUUAUCACAGGAAGAGUGCAACAAGUUCGCGCAAAGCUACCUUGGAUGCGACAUUCGACAAGCGUCACCACAGGGUGCCUUCAGCUACACUGUCAGAGGUGAUGACUUUGUGAUCCAAUUCCGCGCUGAACGCUCGCCCCUUGAUCUCGAUAUCAUCAAGCAUGCUCAUCAAAUGCACGGAGAUUGGGUUCCCCAAGUUAAAAAACUUGAUUCGAUCCCUGGACAUCCAACCGUCUUGAUAUAUUCCAUGCAACUACUGGUGGGCGUAAACUAUUCGCUUUUACUGCAUUCUUCCGGAACCACAAGUUGGGAUGUGGUUCCACGUCAGAAAGAGACUGUCAAGGACUUGGCUCACUUCUUUUCUCAAGCAUGGAAUAGUCGAGUUCCCAUCGACUCUUCAACUGUUCUUAUCAAGCGACUAGACUUUCGACAAAAGCUCCAGACUCUUGCUGAAUCGCUUCCUCCUCGCUUCCAACCUCUCGUUUCUUACUGCAAAGACAACCUUCAAUUUGUCUUUGAUUCUGCUAUUCCAUGGUGCUUGAACCAUGGCGAUCUAUGCGAUACCAACAUAAUCAUUGAUCCCCUCACAGGCAAGCUUUCAGGUGUCAUUGACUGGGCAGAAGGGUCCAUACUUCCCUUUGGAUGCGCCUUGUGGGGCCUCGAAACCGUGUUGGGAAGAUUCGACUUUGAGAAAGGCGAAUGGGUGUAUGAUGAACAACGAGAAGACUUAGAGGACCUCUUCUGGGAAACCUUCCGCUCACACGUUGGUUCCCUCAAUCCGGCACAGGAACGUGGUAUCACAGUCGCAAGAUUGACUGGUCUAUUCUUUCGUCAUGCAUUCAAGUUCAAUGGCCUGUACGCCGUACCAAAAGAUGACUCGUGGGACUUGCGUCUUCUGGACGGCCAGCUAUUGGGAGAUCGCCAAUGGCUCACGGCCUGUGUGGGUUCAAGCGGAAGUCAGGGAAGAAAGACCUUCUUCCGAAUACCAACGACACUCGGAUUUGGCCUCAAAGUUACUCACACAUCUGAAAAGAUUCGGUCCUCAUGGGAGCCCAAGUUCGAACCUCAAACGGCGCAGGAUAUCGCUCAGAUUGCGAAUUCUGGGGAUCCUAUUUCAGCAUUUGACUGGCCAGUGAUUUCACAAAACAUUCGUCAUGAGGUAUUGGACCAGCUUGGAACUACAAUAUUGAUUUACGGGAACGACGGAGUCUUUGCCGGGUUUGAGACGGAGUUCAAACAGAGCUUGGGUGAAGGGACAUGGUUUGCUUUACUUCACAAUUCAGGGUCUAAUGCUCUGAGUGGCCUAUACUUCGCCUGCAAUCUGAUGCCUGCCUGGGGACGAGGUAAAGUCUCUGGCACUCUGUGGGCUUUUAUGAACGCUAAGAUCUUCCUUCAUAGGUUUUGUUUUCCGUUUAUGGCUUCCACGCAACGGUAG